UUCUGAGCGGGAGCCCCACAACCCAAUAAUUGGACAUUCUGCAAGACGGAGCGAAAUACGAUCCGCAUAUAAAUUUGAGAAUAGAGACUUGCCUGCUGGGAUAGGGUGCCUGUGCCCUGGAAUAUUUGCUCUCUUUGCGACGGGGAGGGCCAGUCGGCAUCGGACCAAAGAGGUAGCGGAAGGUAUGCACGGCAUUUUACAGCUACAACGUAGAAUAUCGAAGUGACAUCAGUGUAAGACGUCAAGAGGGUCGGUUUGAGACCUUCUCAACUUAGAUUCCCGGACUUUGUAAGAACUUUUCCUGUCCAAAAUGUCGGCAACAACAGAAGCUGCCGCUCUCGGGACGGACGCUAUCGACGUCGCGACGGCGGUUCCCGUCGAUGACGGCAACGGCGACGACGACGCCCUCUCGGGUGUGGAGGACAUCAUCUCAGCUAUCCUCCCCGGCGCCUGCGAAACGUGGAACGACGCGCAGCACGUCCUGUUCCAACUGGCUUCCAUCUGCUUCCUCUUAGCUUUACUCCUUCCGCAAGUCAUAAAACCACACACAUGGAUUUUCCGUGGGCUUUUGAUUCUCGGCUUCAUCUUUAUGUGCCUGUGGGGUGGGAUCGCCGUCUGUAUAACCGACGUCAUCGGCUGGUACAUCCUCUUCAUCGUCAUGAACCUAGUACACGUCUCCUACCUUGCCUACGUUCAGCGGGAAGCGGAGUUCGAGAAGAUUCUUGAAGAUGUCUAUGCGAAAAUCUUCCAACCCCUUAAGGUGACUCGUGAUACAUUUGCUAACCUAGUUGCUGCUAGAGGCAAGAUCUUUGAGCUCAAGCAGGGAGACGUUUACGCCGUGGAAAAGAGAACGACAUCGGAAGAUAGGAUCGCCAUCCUGAUCUCUGGAACUCUAAGGGUUUCGUGUGAGGACCAUCUUCUGCAUUACAUCUACCCCAACCAGUUCAUCGACUCUUGCGAAUGGGAAGCCUUCAGGCUCAACCAAGGAAAGCAGUUCCAAGUGACCAUCACCGCUGAGUCUCCCUGCCGGUACAUCUGCUGGCCACGUGAACACCUGAAGUACUACCUGCAGAUGGACCCCUUCCUGGACGCCGUGUUCCACAACAUCAUCGGAAAGGACAUCAUCACUAAGCUGUACCUGCUGAACGAGCAGCUGAUCCGUAAGCCGCCCAAGACCCUGAACAUGGUGGACAUCCGUAACUCCGUGGCCAGGGACGACCCCACCUUCACGAUGCAACGUCUCUCCCAACUGGGCAGCCCCGAGGACUUCGCUGCUUUCAAGCCACGUCGUGGAAGGGAGACCACCUUUUAUUAGGUGGGCGGCUACUCUUAGCGAAGAGAGUCCACCAGUGUCGAUGCCCGGUGACAAGCCGCCGCCCGGAGGAAGGCCACUGAGUAUGUCAUUUGAGACGACCGUCUAAGGAGAAGCAAAUAAAGAAUCCGGUGUUCGUGGAAGGUCGCCAUCUUGUUUCAAAAUGGCGUCAUCCAUCCAUCAAUGUUGACUAAGUCGACUUCGUGAAAAUUCGAGUCUUGAAAUGAAAUUAUCAGGUUCAAAAUACUUUCUUGGAUCUAGUCGUGCAGGAUAAGACUAAAAAUCAUCAUCCGUGUGUACCAAUGUGUUUUGUGUUACAAUAACAUUGUGCCAAGUGCCUCUGUUUCUACUCAGGGGCCAAACGCCUUGUAGACAGAUUUUUCGGCAACUUUGUCACAGAGGCUGUCUUGUAAUUAACACUGUACCGAUGGAUUAGGUUAAACUGUAAAUAAUUUUAUCAAGUUAGAAUUGCUUUGAGAUCUAGGAUGGCGGUGUCUUUGUUGUUCCUUUUUCUGUCUUAGAGUAGUUUGUUUUUAUUUAUCUAGCAAUCACGCAAAAAUGUAUUUCUAAGUCUUUCAAAUUUACAUUUUAACAAGUAUCAUUGAGCAGUCUUGGUCUGAUAGUGUGCAGAUAUGCGUUUCGCAUACAGGUAUAUUUGAUAUGUGACAUCACUGUGACGUCACAACCAUCCUAUGGCAAGAAAGCCGUGACAUGUUCAUGCCCCGUCACAUCAAUGAUGCUGCUUUGGCCUUGCAUAUCUUUUCGUCCAGUCUGUCUUUUAGAGGUAGAUAUUUAUUCACCAUUUGCUAAACCAAAUCUAAAUGCAAUUUCUUUAGUCUUGUGCCAUUGAUCGACUGCUAUUUGUAACUGUCAUAAUCUUUGUAAUCUCUGUCAAAAGUUACUCCAGACAGUUGAUAGAGAAACGUGUUUGGCAGUGUGCUCUGCAAUAAACUGUCAGGAAUAUAUGACGAACUGCUCACAGAUAUAUUCAUGGAAGGAUACGGGAUAAAACUACAAAGAAGUGAAGUAGUGUGAACUAACGAUUGCGACAGUAGCGAGGUUUGUGCUGAUCAUUGACUUGUUAUUUUUGUAUAUUGUCACUGCUGUACAGAUAUUGGCAUGUUCGGUGUGUUCAAAGAAUGAAUUUAGUACACUUCUUAGUCAAUUUUAGUACGAAUAGAAUUUACUGCUGACAUAAGAAACUUUAUUUCCAACUCAAUAUUUAUUUCGAAGUGAGAUGUAACCGUUGAUGAACAUUUGCACUUCAAGUGUACAUAUUUCAGUAUUUCAUUUGUCACUUCAAAUGUUUUCUAUCAGUAUUCAGAUCAGUGCAACAGUUUUGUCGGAGCUUAGAAUUUGUACUAGUUCCGGAUGCAUACAUUACGGUAGUCAGGUGUAUGUCUGUACGAGAUUAUUCAGGAAUAAAGCGUUUGCGUUGAA